AUGGCCGGUAGACUCCUCCGAUGCACGCUGCCAGCUGCCUCCUGGGGGAUAAAGCGCCGGCGAACGAAGGGCCGUCGCCCUUCGCCUCCGCCCUCGGUUUUCGUCAGUCAAGAUGAGGAGGACUGCAUCCUCGGGCUCCUCAUGCUGUCGGGUGCCCUGCUCGACCUUCGCCGCGGGGUUCCGCCGCUGCAAGCCCCAAAGCAGCUGCUGUUUCUUCCUCCCCGAUCGCCGACGCCUCCGCCGGCGGAGGCGCAGGAGCAAGAAUCGCCGCAUCUGAUCUCAUUCCCUGGGCUAAUGCCGCUUCUGCCUCCGCCGGAGAAAAAGCAGCCUCUGCUUCCGUCCACAGCGCUGAAACAACAACGGCAGCAGAAGAAUGAGAGGCUUUCCCCUGCGACGCCUUCGACGGCCGAUCUGCGUAGCUACGAGUGCUCGGAAUGCGGAAAAGCAUUCUCUUCGUACCAGGCCCUCGGCGGCCACAAAAGCAUUCACCGGAAGCGUCGGGCGGCCAAUGACCGGACAGAAAAGCAGAGGAGACAUGUCAAGGCGAGAAGAGCAAUGGCGAUGUCAUCGGCCUCACUGACGGAGUGCUCGCCAAAGAAGGGACUGAGCAUCGACCUCAACCAGCCGGCGAUAGGAAUGGAUUAG